CAUUCCCUUCAGCUGCCCCGCCUGGUACAGAUGCUCUGUCAGCUUCCACCAAGACUGCUCCACCAGCAACAGAGCCAGCAGUGCUGUCUACAGCCGCUCCACCAGCAACAGAGGCAACCAUGCUGUCUGCAGCCGCUCCACUAAGACCACCAGUGAUGACAUCAGCAAGCAGGGACGGGCAGAAUGUACAUCACAUGUUUAGGAAUACAGGGAUCCAUGAUGGUGGGGAUGGCCGGUCGGUACAGUACAAGGUCCACUACCACAAGCUGGGCUUGGACACGCUGGAAGAAGAACAGUUUUAUUUGGACAAUGAAAAUGUGGAGUUUCUUCGCAUAGAUGCCCCUGAAAAUCAAAGAACAUACGAGCAGCUGGAGAUUUUGUACAGAGCUCGAGGCCGAGAGAUUGAGGAGCUGACACGGAAAAUGGUGGAGAAGGAGGAAGAGAGGAACAAAGAGAUAAGAAAUUUGAAGCAUCGAUUGGCUAUAGCAAAUGGAGAAGCCGAGGCAGUCAGUGAAAGUCUACGACAGUGUCAGCAACUCUUGCAGCAAUCAAAGUCAGAUCACUCUGAAGCUUGUGGCAACAUUAGAGCCCUGGAGACUCAAGUGUUGUCUCUCCGGAAUACAAGAGAGGAG